AUGACCGCAUUCGACACCGUCUGGCCAGCCGACUCUGUCGAGUUCUGUCCUCAUCCAAGUUAUCACAAUGUGUUCGUCUGUGGGACCUACAACCUUGAGCAGCCAGCACACACAAUUGACAAUGAACCGAACGAGGGCACGCCUCCGCCCGCCGAACGUCCCAAACAGAAGAGAACCGGUGAAUGUCUGCUCUUUGGGGUCGACGCGGAGGAUGAGCUUCAGUUCCCUUUGCUACAAAAGACAUCCCUGCCUGCAAUUCUUGAUAUGAAGUGGUGUCAUACAUCGCCUUCGGUCGAUCCUAUUCUUGCUAUAGCAGACUCAGAAGGCGGCAUCACACUUCACGCCUUACGAGGCAAACAGUCCCAACCAAGUUUCGAACAAACCUUCUCCAUUGCAUGCGCGUCCAAAGACCGGCGAUAUCCCAGCAGCUCUCUUGGCUCACUCAUUGUCUCGCUUUCCGAUGGGUCACUAGCGCUUCUGCGCCCAGAGAAUUCAAGCGGGCUCAUAGUAGCAGAAUCAUGGCAUGCGCAUGAUCACGAGCCAUGGAUAGCUGCAUGGAACUACUGGGACACCAACGUUGUUACUCAGGCCUGGGAUGUUCGACAAGACUUUACACAGCCUCUCUUCGUCAACAAGAGGUUCGACGCUGGGAUCACUACGAUCCAGAGUCACCCAUACGUCGAGCAUCUACUUGCCGUCGGAAGCUAUGAUAACACUGUUCGCUUGUUCGACGUCCGCAAGCCUCUUGUCCCCGUCGUCGAGGCUGACGUCGGUGGUGGCGCCUGGCGUGUAAAGUGGCACCCAUCUCCCGAGCGCAAGACCGACCUGCUGGUCGCCUGCAUGCACGAUGGCUUCAAAAUUGUCCGUUUCGGCCUCGGCGGCGAAUCCGAGCCAUCUGGCAAGCAGUGGGACGUCGUAAACCGAUUCGACCAGCACGAGUCUCUGGCAUAUGGAGUCGAUUGGUCGUUCGCUCGGGGAAGCGUAGGCGGGGACACGUUGGUAGCGAGUUGCUCAUUCUACGACCAUAAAUUGCACCUUUGGAGGGGCUAG